AUGGAGAUAUGGAAGCUGGCAUCAAGGUCCUUCUUGGCUGCGAUACAAAGGAACAUCUCGGCCGUGGGGAUCGGUGCCCUGGCGGAAAGCACCCUGAAGCAGAGACGCGUGGAGGCCAGCCAGCUGGCAGCCAAGGGCUUGAUCGAUGGUAUCGACUUCAUACUCCCCGUGGAUGUUCAGAACUCGCCAAAGGACAUCAACGAGGCCAUCUUCUUCAAAUGGAACCUGUUGGAGCUGCUUUUCCACUGGGUAAAAUAUGGGACUCAGUGGUUGGAGGAGAUACCCACAUUCUCCUCGCGUUUGCUCUGGCAGUUCUACACCUGCGCACUGCCUUUGCGCAUGUUCCUUUUCCACGUCUACCGCGUCUUCUGGCCUUUACUCUACUGCGGCCUUUUCAGGUAUCAGAUCGCGGAACCCUACCGCGAGAUUUUAGUGCCAGACGUGGACCUCACCCAGUUUAGUACGCACGCUUUGGUCAAGAGAGUGGCGCUGCUGCAAUCUCUACCAGCCUGUGAUCGAACAUGUUUCCUGGACCUGUCUGCUGCUUUUGCCGCCUUGGCUCUUCAAGCAGGCCAGAGGGAUCAAGAGACUGAGCUCCACGCAUACCUGGCCGAAGUCCAAGUCACGCUCCAGUCCGCCUUUUGUGAGUACAUUGCCGAUUGCACUCGCACGAGGCAGAAUGCAGAGCUGCUGCGAGCAACCUGCGGUUUCCUGCACAUGGUGGCAGAGCUGCCACUCCUGAAAGGCAAGCAAAUAAGGGUGCUCGAAGACCCAACCUUGGUCUUGGAAGAAACGAACUUUCAGGUUCCAGCAGUAGCAAACUUGCAGCAUGAAGAGCUGGGAGAACCUUAUGAGCCGCACUUUACCGACGAAAUAGAGGCUCCAUGUGUUGACAAGAAGAACAUGGAGCACAUAAGUCCUGCCAGAGCCUUGAGACUCUACGCCAUGAUACACAUUGUUGGCCAAUUGCUUUCCAGAUUUGGGGUGGACUGGUUUGCUUCACAUGGUACGCUUCUAGGAGCUGUCCGGCAUGGAGGUCAGAUCCCUCACGAUUGUGAUGCCGACUUGUCCAUUCUCGCGAAGGAUCUAAACGUGCUGCGGAAUGCAUCUUUCAUGCUGGCUUUGCAACGGAAUGGCUACCAAAUGGAUUAUCUGCCUGUACAGCACUUGUUUACAGUUUGGCGGGUGGACAGACAGUCCAGCACGGAGGUGCGCGGCGCACGAGCCGUGAACAACUAUCUCAAGUACACGCCUGCUCUGCACAUCUUCAUCCUCUUCGACUUCCACGAAACGAAGUCAUGGCGCUACGAAACCGACAGGUUGAAGCACGAGGGCUGGUCCAUUCGGGAAGAAGAGCUGUUUCCCUUGCAGCUGCGGUCUUUCGGCGAAACAUCAGUACCAGUCCCAGCCAAGCCCGAAGCAUACCUGGACAGGAUGUAUGGUCCAGACUGGCCUUCCACGAUCCGAUCCAUGACAGCACUCCAAGACAAUGAGUUCUAUGCACCAACAGCUCUGACAAGUUCCGGCAUGGCCCUUCCAACAGGGCCCCUCCCGACUCUCUACAAUUGA